CACAAGAUAUCCAUUAACGAUGGAGAAGAGUGCUAAACUAACAUGUUUGGUUGUGGGGUUUCUUGCGGUGUGUAUAGGUUGUAUCCACACGUGUUCUUGUUAUUGGCCAGAUCCUUUAGAAAAUGGCUGUCGAUUCGAUUACUCUCUUCGUGGAGUGGUACUAAACGUGCGGAAUGUAAACGGACGAGGUAUACCGGAUAGAGAAUAUUUGGUCUACGUACAGCGGUACUACAAGGCGAUCCCGCGGAGACCAAGGUUCGUACGGAUCCGGUCAGCAAGGCAGGGUGCUUCGUGCGGUGUACAACUACAAAGAGGGGAAAGAUACGUAAUAUCAGGUAGCGUUAAUGGACGUCGACUGAGGACAAACCUGUGUACAUACACAAGAACAUGGGACAGAAUUCCUUACUGGCAACAACAAAAUCAGCACUGUCACCUUGGUGUAUCGAAUCAGAUAUCCGCCCCGUCAUAAGAAAGGACCUAUUACCUACAAUUUAUAGAAUAUAUGUGCCGAUUUGAUACUAAUACCAAAACUUUGAUUUAUGAUAUGAGAGUGUAUAAUAUUUGUUUUAUAACGUUCACCCAGUACACAAUUUUGCUAAUAAAUACAGUUGAUGAUGGCUUAA